GCCGAGGGGAGCGCCCGGCGGCCGCCCGGCACCCCGGCCCUUGGCGGCCGCCCGUGCCCGCGGGCCCCUCCCCAGCGCUGCGCUGCGCCGCCUGGCCCGGCGGGGUCGGGCCGGGGGCCGGGGUCGGGCCGGGGCCGGGGUCGGGCUGGCGAGGCCGGGCCGCGGGGCGGCCGCCGGGAUGCGGGGCUGGCGAAGGAACCUCGCGCUCUGCCUGCAGCGGCUGCCGGACGAAGACGAUGGGCCUUACUCCAAAGGAGGCAAGGAUGCAGGAGGGGCCGACGUGGCCCUGGCGCACCGCAGACAGAGCAUUCCAGAGGAGUUCCGAGGCGUCACCGUGGUGGAGUUGAUCAAGAAAGAAGGCAGCACACUGGGCCUGACCAUCUCGGGUGGUACCGACAAGGAUGGGAAGCCCAGGGUCUCUAACCUGAGACCUGGGGGUCUCGCAGCCAGGAGUGACCUGCUGAAUGUGGGUGAUUACAUUCGGUCAGUGAAUGGGAUCCACCUGACCAGGCUCCGCCAUGACGAGAUCAUCACCUUGCUCAAGAAUGUGGGCGAGCGCGUGGUGCUGGAGGUGGAGUAUGAGCUGCCCCCGCCUGCCCCUGAGAACAAUCCAGGGAUCAUUUCAAAGACAGUGGACGUUUCACUCUACAAGGAGGGCAAUAGCUUUGGCUUUGUCCUCAGAGGAGGUGCCCAUGAAGAUGGGCACAAGACGCGCCCACUUGUCCUGACCUGUGUGCGGCCUGGUGGCCCUGCUGACAGGGAGGGCUCCUUGAAGGUGGGCGACAGGCUGCUCAGCAUUGAUGGCAUCCCACUGCAUGGGGCCAGCCACACCACUGCCCUGGCCACUCUGCAGCAGUGCAGCCAUGAGGCACUCUUCCAGGUGGAGUAUGACGUAGCCAUCCCAGAUACAGUGGCCAGUGCUUCGGGGCCCUUGAUAGUGGAAAUAACCAAGACACCAGGGUCCACCCUAGGGAUCUCACUCACCACUGGCUCCCACCAUAACAAAUCAGUCAUCACCAUUGACCGUAUCAAGCCGGCCAGUGUGGUGGACAGGAGCGGGGCCCUGCAUGCUGGAGACCACAUCCUGUCCAUCAACGGCACCAGCACGGAACACUGCUCACUGCUUGAGGCCACCAAGCUCCUGGCCAAUGUGUCAGAGAAAGUGCAGCUGGAGAUUCUGCCUGCGCCCCAAAGUCAGCAGCCCCUGAAGCCCUCAGAAGCAGCCACAGUGAAGGUGCAGAGGAGCGAGCAACCACACCGCUGGGACCCCUGCGUGCCCUCCUGCCACAGCCCCCGGCUUGGCCACUGCAGGACGCCCACCUGGGCCACACCUGCUGGCCAAGACCAGAGCCGAUGCAGCUCCCUGGUACCUACUCUGCAGCAAGGUGGAGGGCCCUGCUGGGGUUCACGAAGCUACGCUUUCAUCUCCCCAGCCUUGUCCUCGACUCCUUUUUCCUCACCGACCAUGAAUCACGCCUUUCCCUGCACUAACCCCAGCACUCUGCCCCGUGGAUCACAGCCUAUGAGCCCCCGAACUACAAUGGGGCGGAGGAGGCAGCGACGAAGGGAACACAAGAGCUCAUUGUCGCUGGCCUCCAGCACAGUGGGGCCGGGAGGGCAAAUCGUGCACACAGAGACCACGGAGGUCGUGCUCUGCGGAGACCCUCUCAGCGGCUUUGGCCUGCAGCUCCAGGGCGGCAUCUUCGCCACCGAGACUCUGUCCUCUCCACCCCUUGUGCGCUUCAUCGAGCCCGACAGCCCAGCAGAGAGGUGUGGGCUGCUGCAGGUGGGGGACCGGGUCCUGUCCAUCAACGGCAUUGCCACCGAGGACGGGACGAUGGAGGAAGCCAACCAGCUGCUGCGUGAUGCCGCGCUGGCCCACAAGGUCAUGCUGGAGGUUGAGUUCGAUGUGGCAGAGUCUGUCAUCCCAAGCAGCGGCACCUUCCACGUGAAGCUGCCCAAGAGGCGCGGUGUGGAGCUGGGCAUCACCAUCAGCUCGGCCAGCAGGAAGCGAGGGGAGCCCCUGAUCAUCUCUGACAUCAAGAAAGGCAGUGUGGCACACAGGACUGGCACCCUUGAGCCAGGUGACAAGCUGCUGGCCAUCGACAACAUCCGCCUGGACAACUGCCCCAUGGAGGACGCCGUGCAAAUUCUGCGGCAGUGCGAGGACCUGGUGAGACUGAAGAUCCGGAAGGACGAGGACAACUCUGAUGAGCAGGAGACCACGGGUGCCAUCAGCUACACGGUGGAGUUGAAACGCUACGGGGGCCCCCUGGGCAUCACCAUCUCGGGCACAGAGGAGCCUUUUGACCCCAUUGUCAUCUCGGGGCUCACCAAGCGUGGUCUGGCUGAGAGAACUGGCGCUCUCCACGUGGGGGACCGUAUCCUGGCCAUCAACAGUGUGAGCCUCAAGGGCCGACCACUGAGUGAGGCCAUCCGCCUCCUGCAGGUGGCUGGGGAGACCGUCACACUGAAGAUCAAGAAGCAGUUGCACCGCCCCCUCCCUCGCUGCAAGUCGGGCAGCCUCAGUGAGACCAGCGAUGCUGAUGAAGACCCACCAGAGGCCCUCAAAGGAGGACUGCUGGCUACCCGCUACUCGCCCGCUGUGCCCAGUGUGGACAGUGCCGUGGAGUCCUGGGACAGCUCGGCCACAGAGGGUGGCUUUGGGGGCCCAGGUUCCUACACCCCACAGGCGGCCGUCCGGGGCGUGAUCCCCCAGGAGUGGCGGCCCAGCCGGCUGAGAAACAGCCCCCCACCCACAGAUCCCCGAAGGACGAGCUAUACCCUGGCUCCUGCCGACGAGAGCUUCCCCGAGGAGGAGGAAGAUGAGGACUGGGACCCACCAGCUAGCCCUGCCCCCGGCCCCGCCCGUGAGGAGGGCUUCUGGCGCAUGUUUGGGGAAGCCCUUGAAGACCUGGAGUCAUGUGGUCAGUCAGAGCUGCUGAGGGAGCUGGAGGCCUCCAUCAUGACGGGCAUGGUGCAGAGCGUGGCCCUCGAGGGCAGGCCAGGCCACCGGUCCUGGCGGAGGGGUCGGGAGGUACGAGCUUCCCCUGAAGACAUGCAGGAGCUACUGCCGACACCCUUGGAGAUGCACAAGGUGACCCUGCACAAGGACCCCAUGCGGAAUGACUUUGGUUUCAGCGUGUCAGAUGGUCUCCUAGAGAAGGGCGUCUAUGUCCACACUGUGCGCCCUGAUGGGCCGGCCCAACGUGGGGGCCUCCUGCCCUUUGACAGGGUUCUUCAGGUCAACCGCGUUCGCACAAGGGACUUCAACUGCUGCCUGGCAGUGCCGCUCCUGGCCGAGGCUGGUGACGCCCUGGAUCUGGUCAUCAGCCGCAACCCACUGGCACAGAGCAGCCGGGCCCCGCGGGCACCAGGCCCCAGCAGCCCCCUGAUGCUCUGAAGUCAUUACAUGGUCUGGUACUCACAAGGCCGCCUGGGUAGAUCCUGGCUUCCAGACCUGUAGCUGGGCUCGAGAAGUGACCACCUACUCACCCAUCUGUCCAUGCAGCAGGCUCUGAGCCAUGGGUGGGAUUCUCUCUUCUCUGGUUCCCUGGUGACUGGGGUGCCCGGCAGUGAGGUCCCUGCCUCAGCUGGAGUGACACUAGGUCUUUCUCCAUGUUGGGUCUCCAAGAUGCACAGAGGUGCACUGCCCAAUGGGGGUCAAGACAGGCUGCUCAGCUCGGAGAAGAGGAGGUUUGGGGAUGGCUCCAGGUCCCUGUUGGGCCUCCUUGGAAGGAUGUGCGGGGAAAGCACAGCUCAGGGUAGGGAGUGCUUUCUCCCAGCAAAGCUAUGGAGCUGGAAUGAGCUGCCAGGGAGGAGUGAGCUCCCUGUCACAGGAGGUGAGCAAGUGAGGCCAGAUACCCACCCAGCACAGUCAUAGACUGAGGGGUGAGGCAUUCUGUUGAUGCAUCCAUGUGGGCUCAGGUAGUUAGUUUCCUGAUGGGGAACAUUAAGGGUGAGGCUGAGGAGCCACCUUGCCAGACAGCCUCCUGCCACUGGAUGCCACUUGGGGAUGUAGCUCAGUCCCUUCCCUUCUCCGGGAUUCUGGGUGGGGCUUGCUAAGUGGGUGUCCUCCCUUAGGAGGCUAUAAGCUGGGCACCUGGAAUCCCAGGCCAUGCCAGCUCUGAUUCUGAAAGUAAGUGGUUCUUCCAUUUCAACAUCUGGUCUGAGGCCUCUGUGAUUUGAGGCUGGGCUCUGGGCCCACUGGGUCGGCUCAGUGUCAGGCUUUGGGCUCUCAGCCCCUCCUGGUGGACCCACCUGAGUACCCCCCUCUCAGGCUGGGCUCCCCUGUGGGAGAAGGAGUCAUUUUGGGACAAAAGACCCAGGAGUUUCCAUUCACCUGCCGUUUCAGUGAAGGUGGAAAACCACGGAAAUAAGAUGUGUAAGCUGAUACAGCUCCUCUCCAAUGUCCAGAUUGGUGAAGGGGGAGAAAGAGGGGGCGAGAAGCACAGAGAUGGAGAGAGAGACGGGCAGGCUGGGAAGAUGGGCCAUCCUCUCCCACGACGGUGUCCAAAGGGGUCAUGACAGCAAGUUUAUUCCCACUUGAAAUAUGGAAGCACCAGCAUCCCUUAAAAUCAUUUUCCACAGAUCAGGAACCCUUUUGUCUUUGAGAAGGGCACAGGUGGAGGUGGGCAGACAGGAUUCAGCCAGGUGUAGGGAUUUGCUUUGCCCUGCCCUGCUGUUAAUGGGGACUCAGGAAUGCAGGGGGCAAUGGGGUCCUGUAGAGGCGCCCAAAAUACAUUUCUAUUCAAGAGGCAGGACAGGGAGUCAAGGAUCCUGUUCUUUUUACCCUGGGUCUCUGCUCGGUUGUUCUUGACCCCCUCCGGGUCUGACCCCCUUGGGACAGUCAGGGGUGGACAGUCUCUGAACAGGUGUGUGUCUCCCUGUUGUGGCCAGAACCAUCUCUGCCCGCUGAGGCCCACCCUCUCCCUGAGGGCCUUUUUCCCUCCCCUCUUUUCUCCACUCCCAUGCCCUACUCCUCCACAGCCUCCCCCAGAGAGCCCUUUGUGCCAUGGCUGGACAGCCCAGAGCCUCUGCUGUCAUGGACUCCUGUGUAAACAUGUGCUGCAGAGUGAACGGGCACUGCCCACCCAUCCCGGGAACCAAGCAGAAGCCAAGAGCCCUCAGCU